ACCUCCCAUUUUCUCCUUCGGCCCUUCCCCUUCCUCGGUUGUUCGUUCCCAAGUUUCCCUCCCCUCCUUCCUUCCCAAAUCCCUUACACUGUUAUCCGAGCGCCAGCAGCGGCAGGCAGCCCCCUUCUGAGGCGCUAUCCUCAUCCCGUAAUUCAGUCUUCAAGAGUCCUUCAGUUGUUUGUUCCCAAAUCCUGAAAUUCCGAACCCUAGCCCUCAAUCAUCUAGGCUGCAGCCUCCAAGUCCAAGCUUGACUGUCGGAAAACCAGCCCUAGCAGCGCCGGAUGAGGUGAGUAGCUGCUCGAAAUUCAGUUUCAAAUCAGCUCUAACUCAGUCUCAUUUCCAGCCUUCAAAAAGCAAGGUAUGGAGCAGUUGUUCUCAGAAAAGUGAUAGCAAGUGUAUUUUAAAUAUAAAGAUAAAUAAAUGAAGGCAGGGAGUGCAGCGAAGCUAAUUGUGGAUGCACUGCUGCAGCGGUUUCUUCCUCUGGCUCGCCGUCGCAUUGAGACAGCUCAAGCACAGGAUGGACAAUACCUUCGACCAUCAGAUCCAGCCUAUGAACAAGUAUUAGACUCUUUAGCCAUGGUUGCACGGCACACGCCUGUACCUCUUCUGGAAGCUUUACUUAGAUGGAGAGAAAGUGAAUCCCCAAAAGGUGCAAAUGAUGCUUCUACAUUCCAGAGAAAGCUUGCGGUGGAGUGCAUUUUUUGCUCAGCAUGCAUUCGCUUUGUUGAGUGCUGCCCACAGGAAGGACUUACAGAGAAGCUUUGGUCUGGGCUUGAAAAUUUUGUGUUUGACUGGCUAAUCAAUGCUGACAGGGUUGUUAGCCAGGUUGAGUACCCAUCAUUAGUUGAUUUGCGAGGGCUCCUUCUGGAUCUAGUUGCUCAACUUCUUGGUGCUUUAUCUCGGAUAAGAUUCAGUUCUGUAACUGAGCGUUUUUUCAUGGAGCUAAAUACUCGUCGGAUUGACACUAAUGCUGCUAGAAGUGAAACCCUUAGUAUCAUUAAUGGGAUGCGGUAUCUGAAACUUGGGGUUAAGACUGAGGGUGGACUGAAUGCAUCAGCUUCUUUUGUGGCAAAAGCUAAUCCUCUCAAUCGUGCUCCACAUAAAAGAAAGAGUGAACUGUACCAUGCACUAUGUAAUAUGCUUUCAAACAUUCUAGCUCCACUUGCAGAUGGUGGAAGCCAGUGGCCUCCUUCAGGUGUGGAGCCUGCCCUUGUUCUUUGGUAUGAAGCUGUUGCACGAAUAAGAGGGCAGCUCAUGCAUUGGAUGGACAAACAGAGCAAACACAUAGCUGUUGGUUAUCCUUUGGUUACUCUUCUUCUCUGUCUUGGCGAUCCCCAAACCUUCACCAAUAACUUUGGCAUACACAUGGAGCAACUCUAUAAGCUUCUUAGAGACAAGAACCACCGUUACAUGGCUUUGGAUUGUCUUCAUCGAGUUGUGAGGUUUUUCUUGAGUGUUUAUGCAAAAGAUCACGCUCCAAAUCGCGUGUGGGAUUACCUGGACAGUGUCACCUUACAAUUAUUAACAAUUCUGAGGAAGGGAAUGCUUACUCAGGAUGUCCAGCAUGAUAAACUGGUUGAGUUCUGUGUGACCAUAGCAGAACAUAACCUUGAUUUUGCCAUGAACCAUAUGAUACUAGAGCUGCUGAGGCAAGACAUAAGUGAAGCUAAAGUUAUUGGUCUUCGUGCUUUGCUUGUUAUUGUCAUGUCUCCUUCAGGCCAGUGUGUUGGCUUGGAAAUUUUUCAAGGUCAUGAUAUAGGCCACUACAUUCCAAAGGUAAAGGCUGCAAUUGAAUCCAUUUUGAGGUCAUGUCAUAGAACCUAUAGUCAGGCUCUUCUUACUUCUUCAAGGACUACCAUAGAUGCUGUAACUAGGGAAAAAUCUCAUGGAUAUCUCUUUAGAUCAGUGCUGAAGUGCAUACCAUAUUUGAUUGAAGAAGUUGGCAGAAGUGAUAAAAUCACUGAAAUAAUACCUCAACAUGGUAUAAGUAUUGAUCCUGGUGUUCGUGAGGAAGCAGUACAGGUGCUGAAUCGGAUUGUAAGAUACCUUCCGCAUCGUCGCUUUGCAGUCACGAGAGGGAUGGCCAACUUCAUCCUACGGCUUCCUGAUGAGUUCCCUCUUCUCAUUCAGACGUCAUUGGGACGCCUGUUGGAACUCUUGCAUUCUUGGAGGGCUUGUCUAUCUGAUGAAAUGCUACAGUUUGAUUCUCAAGAUGCAAAGCGUGUAGCCCAUGGAAAUGAGGGAUUUAAGAAAUCUUCUGUCCAUCACUUAAGUGAAGAAAUUGAAUUUCGUGCUUCAGAGAUUGAUGCUGUUGGUCUUAUCUUCCUUAGUUCAGUUGAUAGUCAGAUUAGGCAUACGGCACUGGAGUUAUUGCGCUGUGUCCGUGCUCUAAGGAAUGAUAUAAGAGACCUUUCAAUAUAUGAGCGCUUGAAUUUUAAUUUGAAAAAUGAGGCUGAACCAAUAUUUAUAAUUGAUGUCCUGGAAGAAAAUGGGGACGACAUUGUUCAGAGUUGCUAUUGGGAUUCUAGUCGUCCUUUUGAUUUGAGACGAGAAUCAGACACAGUUCCUCCUGAUGUGACACUUCAAUCUAUUCUAUUUGAGAGUCCUGAUAAGAAUAGAUGGGCUCGUUGUCUUAGUGAGCUUGUCAAGUAUGCUGCUGAGCUUUGCCCAAGCUCUGUUCAGGAAGCAAAGAUAGAGGUUAUGCAGCGUCUUGCAUAUAUCACACCUGUUGAGUUAGGCGGUAAGGCUCAUCAUCAGUCACAAGAUACAGACAACAAACUGGAUCAGUGGCUUAUGUAUGCAAUGUUUGCAUGCUCAUGCCCACCUAAUAGUAGAGAAUCUGGUGGCUUAGCAGCAACCAAAGAUCUUUGCCAUCUUAUGUUUCCUUCCCUAAAAUCUGGCUCUGAAGUACAUGUUAAUGCAGCAACCAUGGCUCUUGGCCACUCACAUAUGGAAGUAUGCGAAACUAUGUUUGGUGAACUUACAUCUUUCGUUGAUGAAGUUUCUCUGGAAACAGAAGGAAAGCCGAAGUGGAAGAGUCAAAAAGCCCGCCGAGAUGAGCUUCAUGUCCACAUUGCAAAUAUAUAUCGUACUGUUGCUGAGAAUAUCUGGCCUGGAAUGCUAAGCCGCAAACCUGUUUUCCGUCUGCAUUAUUUGAAAUUCAUUGAAGAAACCACCCGACAGAUCUUAACAGCAUCCGCUGAGAGUUUUCAAGACAUACAACCCUUCCGAUAUGCACUUCCUUCAGUUCUAAGAUCUCUUGCCCCAGAAUUUGUUGAUUCAAAAUCAGAGAAAUUUGAUCUUAGAACUAGAAAGCGACUUUUUGAUCUUCUCUUUUCUUGGUGUGAUGACACGGGCAGCACAUGGGCUCUGGAUGGUGUUAGUGAUUACCGUCGUGAAUUAGAACGUUACAAAGCUUCUCAGCACAGUCGAUCAAAAGAUUCUGUGGAAAAAAUCUCUUUUGAUAAAUUGGUUAAUGAGCAAGUUGAGGCAAUACAGUGGGCCUCCAUGAAUGCUAUGGCUUCACUUUUAUAUGGUCCCUGCUUUGAUGACAAUGCAAGAAAAAUGAGCGGCCGGGUAAUAAGUUGGAUCAAUAGUUUGUUCAUUGAGCAUGCACCACGUGCUCCAUUUGGUUAUUCACCAGCUGAUCCAAGAACUCCAUCUUAUUCCAAAUACACGGGAGAUGGGGUUGGAGUGGCUGGGCGUGACAGGCACAAGGGUAGCCAUCUUCGUGUGUCCUUGGCAAAAAUGGCUUUGAAAAAUAUUCUUCUCACAAAUUUGGAUCUGUUUCCUGCUUGUAUUGAUCAGUGCUACUACUCUGAUGCUGCCAUAGCUGAUGGCUACUUCGGUGUGUUGGCUGAAGUCUAUAUGCGCCAAGAGAUACCAAAAUGUGAAAUCCAAAGACUGUUGAGCCUGAUACUGUACAAGGUGGUAGAUCCAUCUCGGCAAAUCCGUGAUGAUGCCCUACAGAUGCUUGAAACUCUCUCUGUCCGUGAAUGGGCUGAGGAUGGUAUUGAGGGCUCAGGAAGCUAUAGAGCUGCGGUUGUUGGUAACCUUCCAGACUCUUACCAACAAUUUCAAUACAAGUUGUCAUGCAAACUUGCCAAAGAUCACCCUGAGCUGAGCCAGCUUCUGUGUGAGGAAAUCAUGCAGAGGCAACUCGGUGCUGUUGAUAUAAUUGCACAGCAUCAAGUUUUAACAUGCAUGGCUCCAUGGAUUGAGAACCUUAAUUUUUGGAAACUGAAGGAUUCAGGUUGGAGUGAAAGAUAACUUAAGAGCCUUUAUUAUGUGACAUGGCCAGUUCUAGAUUUCUUGAUCACGAAAGGGAUUGAAGACUUUGAUUCAAAUGCAUCUGCUGAAAUAAGUGGCGCAUUUGCUACAUAUUUCUCAGUUGCCAAGCGGGUUAGUUUAUAUUUAGCACGGAUUUGUCCACAACGCACAAUUGAUCAUUUGGUUUACCAAUUAGCUCAGAGGAUGCUGGAGGAAAGCAUGGAACCAGCAAGUGCAAAUAAGGGUGAUAAUAGUGGAAAUUUUGUUUUGGAAUUCUCUCAAGGUCCUGCUGCUGCAGCUCAAAUUGCAUCUGUAGUGGACAACCAGCCACAUAUGUCACCAUUGCUUGUACGAGGUUCUCUUGAUGGCCCGCUAAGGAAUACUAGUGGGAGCCUGAGCUGGCGUACAGCGGCUGUGACAGGUCGGAGUGCCUCUGGACCAUUAAGUCCAAUGCCACCUGAGAUGAACAUUGUUCGCGGCCAGCUCCUUCCAGCUUUAGUGAACAUGUCAGGACCACUAAUGGGGGUUCGAAGUUCUACUGGAAGUUUGAGGAGCCGCCAUGUUUCCCGGGACAGUGGAGACUACCUCAUUGACACUCCAAACUCUGGUGAAGAUGGAUUACAUUCUGGGGUUGGGAUGCAUGGUGUCAGUGCUAAAGAACUUCAAUCGGCCUUGCAAGGGCAUCAGCAGCACUCACUCACUCAUGCAGACAUUGCAUUGAUUCUACUGGCAGAAAUUGCCUAUGAGAAUGAUGAAGAUUUUCGUGAGCAUCUGCCUUUGCUCUUUCAUGUCAUAUUUGUUUCAAUGGAUAGUUCAGAAGAUAUUGUACUGGAACACUGCCAGCACCUGCUUGUUAAUCUGUUAUACUCCCUUGCGGGUCGGCAUUUGGAACUAUAUGAGGUGGAAAACAGUGAUGGAGAGAACAAGCAACAGGUUGUGAGCCUGAUCAAGUAUGUUCAGUCAAAGCGAGGGAGCAUGAUGUGGGAGAAUGAGGAUCCCUCAGUUGUUAGAACUGAGCUUCCAAGUGCAGCACUCCUGUCUGCCUUAGUUCAGAGCAUGGUGGAUGCUAUCUUCUUCCAAGGAGAUCUUCGGGAGACUUGGGGGACUGAGGCACUCAAAUGGGCUAUGGAGUGCACGUCCAGACACCUUGCCUGCCGCUCGCACCAGAUCUACCGUGCAUUGCGUCCUCGCGUGACAAGUGAUGCAUGUGUGUCUCUCCUCCGAUGCCUUCAUCGAUGCCUAGGAAAUCCAGUACCAGCAGUUCUGGGAUUUAUUAUGGAAAUUCUGUUGACACUGCAGGUGAUGGUGGAGAAUAUGGAGCCUGAAAAGGUGAUCCUGUAUCCACAACUGUUCUGGGGUUGUGUUGCCAUUAUGCACACAGAUUUUGUUCAUGUUUAUUGUCAAGUGCUUGAGCUCUUCUCCCGUGUGAUUGACCGGUUAUCAUUUCGAGAUAGAACGACAGAAAAUGUACUCCUUUCAAGCAUGCCUCGAGAUGAGCUUGAUACUGUUCGUAGUGACAUUGUGGACUUCCAGCGUCUGGAAUCAAGAGAUGGCUGUGAGCCAACAUCCUCUGGUGGGAAAGUGCCUGUUUUUGAAGGAGUGCAGCCUCUUGUGCUCAAAGGACUCAUGUCAACUGUCAGUCAUGGUGUCUCUAUUGAGGUCCUGUCACGGAUAACAGUACACUCAUGUGACUCCAUCUUUGGGGUUGCAGAGACUCGACUCCUAAUGCACAUAACGGGAUUACUUCCUUGGCUCUGCUUGCAGCUUAGCAAGGACUCAGUCAUUGGGCCUGCUUCACCCCUCCAACAACAGUACCAAAAAGCUUGCUCCGUCGCAGCCAAUAUCUCAAUUUGGUGUAGAGCAAAAUCAAUGGAUGAACUGGCAGCUGUUUUCAUGGCUUAUUCACGAGGUGAGAUCAAAAGUAUUGAUAACCUCCUUGCUUGUGUGUCACCAUUGCUAUGCAACGUGUGGUUUCCCAAGCACUCAGCUUUGGCAUUUGGGCACUUGCUUCGGCUGCUGGAGAAAGGACCAGUUGAGUAUCAGCGUGUCAUUUUACUCAUGCUCAAGGCAUUGCUUCAGCACACUCCCAUGGAUGCUGCCCAGAGCCCACACAUGUAUGCAAUCGUGUCCCAGCUGGUGGAGAGCCCUCUGUGCUGGGAGGCAUUGAGUGUGUUAGAAGCCCUCUUGCAGAGCUGCAGCUCAUUGAGCGGGUCACACCCGCUUGAGCCAGGUUCAUUUGAAAAUGGGUUUCUUGGGGCUGAUGAGAAGAUGCUUGCUCCUCAAACCUCAUUCAAGGCACGAAGCGGUCCACUACAAUAUGCGACGGGAUCAGGCUUUGGGGCAAAUUCUACACAGGCGACACAAGGGGUAGCAAAUGAGUCGGGGACUUCUCCUAGAGAGCUGGCUUUGCAGAACACAAGGUUGAUGCUUGGCCGGGUGCUAGAAGGUUGUGCUUUGGGGAGGAGGAGGGAUUACAAAAGGCUGGUGCCUUUUGUGAACAGCAUGGGGAACCCAUAAUCUGCACAAAGCCUACUGCUUUUGUACAUGUAAUGUUAAUUGAAUGUAGUAGAGGGGAAUGUUCUGGGGAGCUGGUUUUGUAAAUAGAGGCAUUACUAUUUAGAAGUUAAGCAGGCUAGCAAUUGUAAUAUAGUUUAGUUUUAGUAUCCCAAGCCCCGCCCCAGUAAUUGUUGUUUUUUUUUGUAUCAUUCAUCCAUUUGAGUUGAUUAACUGAUUUUCCGCAGCGAGUGUAAAUUAUGAUGUUGUUUACUGAAUGUAGUUGUAAUAAUUUGAUUUGA